GCUUGACAGAGCUCUUCCUUCUCUUUAGCUGUUCUGACAUAGACAGAGAGCACAGACAGUGCUCAUCAAGACGGCUUUGCUGUGUCGUUCUUGCUCGGUUCUCUCUGCAGCAGUCACUGACAGCCUUGCCUUGUGUGUGUGAUGCGCCUGCGCUCGUUUUGCUGGCCGUGGCUGUUGGUGUGUGGGUGCAGUGCUGUCUAUGGAAAGCUGAGAACGACACGCUCGGCGCACACGGUAUGUCAGCACACACACACACACACACGCAUAUCUCAGGGUGGCGCAUUCUUCGUGUGUGUGUUUGUGUGUGGUUUGUGUGUUCUGCAGAAUGAGACUGGCGCAUUAGUCCGUUUGCUGCAAGGUGGCAAUGGCGAUGGUGAUAGCGAUGGCGGCAGCGUGCUGGAGGAGAUCGAGAGUAUGCCGACACACAUGAAUACGAGAGAGAAAGAGAGAGUGUCCAUCAUCAUAUCUGUGGCGCUCUGUGGUGACACCACAGGCAGCCCCUACCUGUGGCCGGAGAAGAUACACAGCCUCCACACAGCAGAGGACGUACACACACUCACACACACACACACACAACAGGACACACAGAGCUGAGGUAUGUGUGUGUGUCGAUAUAUACGACAUGGUAGGUCGUGUCCGCCACUCGCGAGCUGCUGCUGUCCAUAUUCAGAGAGUGGUUCGGCGAGAAGAGGGUCAGUGCACUCACUGCACUCACUGCAUACGGCCGUUCGUCUGGGGCGUGUGUGCACGUGUGUGUGUGUGUGUGCUGCAGGUGACGCACAUCAUAAUGGUGGGCGCUGUGGGCGGCGGCGAAGGUGGGAACAUGCAGCACAUGAGUCCAUCCACAAGCACGUGUUUCUGUGUCUGUGUGCCUUCAUUUCCUUCCACAGGCGAGAAUAAGGGCGACAUGGCCAUCAACUGGGCGCAGGACAUCCUCUUCAAAGAACUCGGUACACACGCAAACGCACACCCACGGCGGCAACACAAAGCGACAAGAACGACACAUUGAUGUGUGUGACGCGUGUGAGUGUGUGUGUGUGUGUGUAGGCAUCAGUGUGUGGCGGUAUUGCCAGCUGCAGAGCGGGUGCGACUUCAAACAGAUGAAGAGGGAAUGGGCCAAGGAGAAAGACAAACAUGAAAGUACCCUCACACGCAUUCACACGCACAGAGAGAGAGAGAGAGAGAGAUCUGCCACACACACAUACACAUACACUGUGUGUUGACGCAGAUGCCCAGCUGUGUGUGGUGUCUUUGGCUGGCGGCAACUUCAACGACAAGUGGGGAAGGGUGAUGCAGGUGCGCUGUGCGGCCAGCCAUACUCAUCUGCACAGAGGGGGCAUUCUCUCUCUCUCUCUCUGUGUGUGUGUGUGUGUGUGUGCAGAAACUGCGAAUCGACAUGGCCAAGAACUUCCAAGACGUUCCCAUGAUGAUCCUCCCACAGGUAGCUCUCACGGGCAUGCGCCUGAAUGAGAUGCACUUCUUUCUCUCUCUGUCUCUCUCUCUGCGCGACUGACUGCACACACAGAGCACCAAGUACGCCGACGCGUCCAUCGAGAAGAAGCAUGCCCAGGGCAUGAAGCACCCUGACAGCGGUGCGGCCAACACACACAUAAGCGACCACACACACAGUGGUGUGCUGUGUGGCCCUACAGCCUUCUGUGCGCGCGACAAGGCCUCAUAUGAGUGGACCAUCAAAUCGCAGUUCAAGAGCACCUUCACACGUACGCCGGAUGCCUCAACCCACAAACACACACACACACACACAGAGCCAUUCAUUCUCACGUGUGUGUCUGGUUGCCCAAUGAACGAACGACUGACUGCAGGGAUAUUCCACACGCCCGACAUCGCCUUCAUGCUGGGCACACUGCCGAAGCCGGCCGUGGAGCAGCAGAGAGACGUGCUGUGGCUGGAGGUAAGUCUGUCUGUGUCUGUGUCCCCAUCCCGCCACCUCUCUCUCCGUCUCUCUCUCUGUGUGUGUGGGGGGGGUGGGUGGAUAGCGCACUGACGGCGAGAAGGCCGCUUACGAGCUGCCCACUUUCCCUGAGGGCGUCUCUCAGUGACCAAACCAUCCACACACACAACACACGCACAAUCAAAUGAAUGCGCGCUCUCUCUCUCUCUCUCUCUGUGUGUGUGUGUGUUAGUUAUGUUGAGGAUUGGUUCACGUGGAAGGUCAUGGACAUCCCAGCCUGGGAAACAUGGGAUCAGUUCGUCGACCUCCUGGCCAAGCCGCGCACCCUCAAUGGACUGGAGUACGCACUCAAAUAAGCGGCACACACACACGCAUCUAUGGAUCUGUGUGUUCGUUCCUUCGUGUGUGUGUGUGCAGGUUCCUUGCGCGCGGCCGAGUGGUGGUGACAGACAGGCUGCACGGGCACAUUCUGUGCACUCUGAUGGUGCGUCCGUUGCCCAUUGCCCAUCCGGACACUCAUGCAGUGUGCCCAGGCGUCCAUCGACGAUAUCCUCUCUCUCUCUCUCUCUCUCUGUGUGUGUGUGUGUGUGUCCAGGGCCACCCCCAUGUGGUGCUCGACAACGUGUACAGGAAGCUGGGCAACUAUCUCGACACAUGGACUGGGGGUGAGCAAGCCAAGCAACCCAGCCACCCUCCCACGAACGAAGGAGCUACACGAGAUCACACCAUUGUGUGUGUGUGUGUGUGUGUAUGUGUGUGUAGGUGUGAGCAACAUCAUGUACACGACCGACGCGCAGAUGGCCAUGAGGCUCGCCAUGUUUUUGCUCUCACGGUGUGUGCGUGUGUGUCACCCUCUGUGCCCAUCCAUCCAUCCGCGUGCGCGUGUGUGUGUGUGUGUGUGUGCGAAGCUACAAGGAUGAGUCCCAUUUCGACAAGAACUCGUGCUUCAUGCGCGACGCCGGUGUGUGUGAUCGGCAUGGCAUCCACACACACACGCUUGCCGAUCGUUCCUUCGUGUGAAUCUCCUUCUCUCCUUCUGCCUCUGUGUGUGUGUGCGUGUCAUUCUGCAGGCCUCACACCGUCUCUCUGCUGCGUGCCGGAAGGUAUCUAUCGUGCCACACACACACACACACACAAAUCACAUGAUGCACGCCACACGUGUGUGUGACUUGUAUGUGUGUGUGGGUGGGUGUGUCCACUGUAGGCGACAAUUCCUCGACAGAGGGCGACGCCAAAUACCUGAGCGGCAAGUGCUGGGUGAGUGAGUGAGCCAGCCAGGCAGCCGUGCAGUGUCUGUGUGUCUGUGUCUGUGUCUGUCCAUCGCUCCAUGGACUGGACGUGUGUGUCUUGUCUGCAGGGCGGCAAGUACACCUACAAGUCGUGCUGUGGCGGCGAGGGCGGGGAGAGCCCCGUCGAACAACAAGUAGCACUUACUGCCUGUGCUGUGAUGAUGAUGCGAUUCCCUCUGUGCUGUGUGCGAUGGCAUCGAUCGCAUUCUGUGUGGUGUGCAGGAGCUGGCGUCACUGGCCGACCGAAUGCGCGAGAAGGAAGCAGACGAGGACGGACCUGCUAUAGGUACACACCGCACACACCUGGCCUGGAGGGAGGGAGGGAGGGAGGGAUGGGCACACACGCGAUGCGAUGCCAUGUGUGUGUCCGUGUGGCCCAUACAUCCAUCCAGUGUCUGACCCCGACGCCAUGCUCAAGGAGGCCCGCGAUCAGCAGCAGGGCGGCACCACCAGCGGCAGCAGCAGCAGCAAAGAGGGCAACUCGCAACAGGCCGACGGAGAUGAAGUGGCCGAGGAAACAGGUAUACGUGUGGUUGUCCACACACACACGCCCGGGGCAUGUUUGUUUGUCUGUGUGUGUGUGUGUGUGUGCGUCGAGCAGAGGAAGACCAGCAGCAGCAAGGGCAACAAGAGAAGCAGCAAGAGGCCCCCCCAGCACCACAACCAGCAGCACCACAACCAGCAGCAGCAGCAGCAGCCGACAUCAUCAGCACGGUAAACCCACACACACACCCCUCCGCUCAUACACACACACUGUAGUUGCUCCCUACCUGCAGCUGGCCAGCGACCCUUCCCACUUCCCCAACGCCAUUAGGAAGAUAACCGACGCGCAGGAGCUGGUGCCCUCUCUCCGUCUGGUGCUCCUCACCGCUAUGAAGCAAGCCUUCGUUGACGAGUAAUCACUCUUAAACACACACUCUUCAACACACACCCGCACAGAGAGAGAGAGAGGGGGGGGGGAGAGGGAGAGUCUGUGUGUAUGUGUGUCUGUGCAGUGACGGCCAGCCGAUAAGGCGCGGCAUAAUGGUGGGCGCUGAGGGCGGCGGCGAAGGUGGGAACAGCACAUGAGUCCAUCCAUCCACAAGCACGUGUUUCUGUGUCUGUGUGUGUUCAUUAUUUUCCUUCCACAGGCGAGAAUAAGGGCGACAUGGCCAUCAACUGGGCGCAGGACAUCCUCUUCAAAGAACUCGGCAUCGACAUCAUCUGGUGCGGCUUGGGCGUGGCGUGGCGUCCGCCCACAAAUUGUCCACCCACACUGGUUGGUGUCUGUGUGCGCGUGUGUGUGCAGGUAUUGCCAGCUGCAGUACAACUGUGACUUUGGCAAGGCGCUGGAAACCAUCGAGAGAAGCGCAGACGACAAGUCGCCUGUGGCCGUCAUGUCCAUCGCCGGCGGCAACUUCAACGACUUCUCGCCCAUGCAGGCAAGCCCACCACACGCCCCUCCCGACACACCUGACAGACAUGCACUGUGGACGACGGCUGAUGUCGAUGUGUGUGCAGGAGUUGCGCGUCAACAUGAGCAAGGCAUUCCCCGACCAGCCCGUCUUCAUGCUGCCGCAAAGCGUGCGCUCCCUGACACACAAUCAUGGCAUGGACCUUUUGUUACCCAUAUAUGUGUGUGUGUGCGUGUGCGCGCGUGUGUGUGUGUGUGUGUGUAGGUGGUUUACAACGACGCUAAGCUGCUCAAGCGGCAUGCAGACGGCAUGGCGCACGACAGAAGCACCAUGUUCGCGAGAGAUGUGAGGGCAUGCCACACACACACACACAUUCCUCUGUGUCUGUGUCUGAGUGUGUGUGGAUCCUCUGUGUGUGUGGCUGGCUCGGCUUGUUGUGUGUCGGGUAUGGGUGGGUGCAGCUGCCCUCCUACACGAAGCUGCAGAGCGGUCCAUUCAAGGACGCAUUCAAACGCAUUUACCUGGUUAGUGCAGUGCCUGUCUGUUCUGUGUCCACACGCACAGGUCUCUCUCCCUCCCUCUCUCUGUGCGCGCGUGUGUGUGUGUGCAGGUGCCGGACAUCGCGUACAUGCUCGGCAUGCGGCAAGAUCUCGAGGCAAGAGCACAGCCACACACACACACACACACAUGAAAUGGAGGCUUCCUGUGUGGUGUGGUGUGGUGUGGUGUGCACUCACUGCACAGCUGGAUCCGCCUGUACACGAUCUGCUGUGGCUCAAGAGAGUGGACAACGAGAGGCAACGGUACCUAGAGACUUACUGAUUGCGAUAGAUAGAGUAAUUAGAUGCUCGCUCGUGGACGUGACGUGCAAAUGUGGCUGUGCACUGCACUUCGUAGGUAUAAGCCGCCCGUCUUCUCAGAAGGCGUCGACUUCGUUGUCGAAGACUGGUCAGCCAGCAUCUCCAUCCAUCCAUCCAGCCAUGUCUGUGUCCAUGUCUGUGUCUGUGUGUUGGCAGGUUUCCUUACAUGAAGACAUCGGCCAAGUGGACGGACUGGUCGUCUUUCGUCGAGAACCUCGCGGAACCCAGGACCAUCAACGGCUUCAAGUGGGUGUCUGUCUCUUCCGCCCACCCACUCUUCCACACACACACACACACGCAUCAGCUCUCCCUCUCUCUCCCUCUCUCUCUCUCUCUCUGUGUGUGUGUGUGUGUGCAGGUUCCUCUCUCGGGCGCACGUCGUGGUGACGGACAGGCUGCACGGGCACAUUCUCAUGACGCUCCUGGUGCGCACAUGUCGCAUCGACACACACACACACACGCACACACACACCUCUCUCUACGUGUCUCUCCCUCUCUCUGUGUGUGUAGGACAAGCCGCAUGUGGUGCUGGACAACAAGUACAGGAAGCUGGGCAACUACUUGGACACUUGGACUGGGGGUAAGAGAUUGAUACACCACACACAACGGAGACGCAUGGCUGUGCAUGAUCUCUCUCUCUGUCUCUCUCUCUCUCUCUGUGUGUGUGUGCAGGGUUGUCGAAUGUGCUGUAUACGGACAGCCCCGACACAGCCAUACACAUGGGCGAGUUCAUGCUCACCAGGUGCUCACGGUGCUUUCAUGUGUGUGGUGUGUGUGGGCCGUGCUGCGUGCUGUGUCAGUCAUGGUGUCUGUGCUCUCAUAAUGCGCAUCUCUGUCUCUCUCUGUGCGGUGUGCGUGUUCUGUGUGUGUGUGAAGGUAUCGGCCAGACGCGGAGUUCUCGCAAGAGCUCUGCUUCAAUGACAACGGUGAGCGACACACACAGACAAACACACACGCACACACUGCAUCUCUUUCUGUCUCUCUGUGUGUGUUUUGCCUGUGCAGCCAACCUGAGUGAGGCCUUCUGCUGCAACACCGAGCAGCAGCAGCAAGCCGACGACACCCCAGCCCUCAUAAACCCUCAGAAAUGCUUCGUAACCCAACCACACAACCACACACGCGCCCCUCAACACAGUGUCUGUGUGCUUCUUGUCUGCACACGCAGGGCGGGCCCUACACACGAGAGAAGUGCUGUCCUGACGGGAAGCCGAUGGCGGCAGCGGCGCCCUUGACAUACAGCAUGGUGCGGGCCAUGGUGGAGGGCACCAGCAGUGCACAAGAACCACAACCACAACCACAACCACAAUCGCAAUCGCAGAAGCAAGACCAAGACACAGCAGCAGCAGCAGCAGAAGGGCAACAACAGCAGCAGACAGCGAGGUCAGAGGAGGUUGCUCCCCCUGCCGUGCCGAUGGCGUCGCAAGCAGAGCUGAAUGCACUGGGCAGCCGGAUGGACACCAUCACUGCAAAGGUAAGGACACUACCUCCACCCACCCCACACACCACACCCACAGGCAUCAUCUAUGUCGCUAUGUGUGUGUGUGAAGGUGACCGACGUCGAUAAGAAGGAGGGCGACGUCGAGGGCCGAGUCGACAGGCUGGAGAAGUCCUUAGCCGAGCUGGCGGGCACCGUCAAGACGGAAAAGGGCAAAAGAGAAACCGUCGAGUGAGUGAGUCUCUCUGUCAUUCAUUCAGCUCGCACCCAUCCCCUACCCACCCCAUCCCCACAAACCUGUCUGUGUGUCUGUGUGUCUGUCUGUGUCCAUGCCAUGUAUGUGUCUGCAGGUCGUCUGUGUCUGCGCUCACAGCCGACCUGCAGAAGGUCACGGGCAAAGUCGAUGGUCGGUAUACACACACACACACACACAAAGCGCUGUCGACGCAGAUUGGUCACACACGUGUAUUGUGUUGUGUUGUGUUGUGUGUUGCGCUUGCAGGUUUGGACAAGAAGCGCCAGACAGACGCAGACAGCGUCAAGGGCGAGGUAUAGUAUAGAAGGAGACAGACAGACAGACUGACUUACACCCACCCAGUCAGCCAGCUAUCCGUCUGUCUGAGAAUCUUGGUGUGUUGUGUGACAUCACACAUGGGUGGGGUGCAGAUCAAGGGCAUCAAGCAGCAGAUGGAAACUGAGCGCAUCGAAAGGUACGGACGGACCUCUGUUGCUGUUGGUGCUGGUUGGACCCCAUUCUCUGUCUGUCUGUCUGUGUCAAUCUGGAUGACAGAGAGUCGUCUCUCUUCGCGAAAAACCAGUUCCCCUUCGUCGCAGCCCUCAUCGCAUGGAUCCCUCUCGUACUCGGUGGGUGUCAUGGCUGGAUGGAUGGAUGGCUGGCUGGAUGGAUGGAUGUGUUCAUGUCAUGGGUGUUUUGUCUUGUCUUGCAGGUCUGUUCUACUGCUGCUUCCGGCGGAACUCGCAGCACUACACCCUGCUGCCCACCACCAAGAACGGAUGAAUGAAUGACCGACAGACAGACGGACGGAGGGAGGGAGGGAGGGUGUGAGAGUGGAUGAGUGCCGUGCAUGGCUCGACUGAGUCUGUCCGUGUCUGUGUCUUUCCCCCCUCUCUCUCUUUUUGCGUCUAUGUGCAAUUCGUGCAUACCAUCGCACAGUGGGCGCAAUUCAGACAUUCAGACAGACAGACAGACAGACAGAUGGCGGCCUUGUAUGUGCGCCGCAUGUUUUUGGGUGUCUUGUGUAUAUGACGAUAUGGUGGUCUCUCUCUGCUUGCGUGUGUGUGUGUGUGAGUGCGUGUGUGUCCCUAUCCAUCCAUCCAUCCAUCCAUCCAUUCAGGUGUGUUAAUUCAUUCAUUCGUUCAUCAGACAGGCAGGUAGCGUAGCGUAGACAGCCUCGGUUGAUUGGUAUGAUUGCCCCGGCCUCUCUCUCUGUGCUGGGUGUGAGGAUUCAGACCUUGGCCCAUUCAUUCAUCGUGUCCAGUCCACUUCACGCACUACCGAGCAUGGACAAGCUGGCAUUGCCCGCCC